UUUGCGUACAAGUCGCAUAUUUUUUAAAACCUCUCCUUUCUCAAGGUUUUCGUCUGUCCUGUCGCAAACCUACUUCCCGUACGUUUCCUGAUCCCGUAGUGUUUUAAAAGCCGUCGUCCCCGUGAGCAAUUCUUGCCUUCCAGCAUCAAUUGCUUUUUCCCGUCAACUUGCGACUUCCAGACUCUCGUACAACUUGCUUAUCCGUACCGUCCUUAUCAGGAUUCCUUCGUCCCACGACCCCGCCACCCAUACCAGUUACGUUUGCGAAACGAUAAACGCAGAACAACCGUCAAAAUGGUCCAGAAGCUUUACGUUACCUACAACGAUGUGCACAACCUGUGCCGGGAGGUCGCUCCCAAGAUCCUCGAGACCUUCAACCCCCAGCUCAUGAUCGCCAUUGGCGGUGGUGGCUACGUUCCCGCCCGUAUCCUGCGCUCUUUCCUCAAGCGCCCCGGCUCUGCCAACAUCCCCAUCCAGGCCAUCGGUCUCUCUCUCUACGAGUCUCUCGGCGACAAUGUUGUUGAGGAGCCCGGUACUAAGGUUACCCGCACCCAGUGGCUCGACCUCACUGCCCUUGGUUCCAUGAAGAACCUUAUCGGCAAGCGCAUCCUCAUCGUUGAUGAGGUCGAUGACACCCGCACCACCCUUGAGUACGCCGUCAAGGAGCUCCAGAAGGAUGUCGAGGCUGCCCGUCAGGCCCUCGGCGAAGGCGAGGAGACCCAGUUCGCCAUCUUCGUCCUCCACAACAAGGACAAGCCCAAGAAGGGCACUCUUCCCGAGGAUAUCAUCUCCCAGGGCCGCUACUUCGCCGCUGUCACCGUCGGUGAUGAGUGGAUCUGCUACCCCUGGGAGGCUGGUGACAUUGAGGAGCACGACCGCAAUGCUGCUGAGGCCAAGGCCAAGAAGGCUGCCGCCGCCCAGAACUAGACGGGAGACAUCCGACUAGGGAGAAGACGACGCAAAGAAAAGAUACCCGGAGAAGAAAAAUUGCAUAUAUACCACGCCCCGAUGACGAACACGAGGACCAAAAAGCAGCGCAUAUAGACCGGGAAGAGCAUGGAGUUGGGAUUUACAAAGGAAAGGUUAUUGAUGGUCAUUAUUACGGCGUCUCGGAUGAGUAUAGUGCAGCGAAGGGCAGCGAGGAUGGGGGCU